CACUGCUCUUGCGUCUAUUUUGGGAAUCCUUAGUCAGUGUAUAUAUAGUGAGUCAGCGUUGGUAUCGGAAAUUCAUACUACGAUCAUUUCAGUCUGCGAAGAGACGGAGAAUUCUCCCAAACCAUUACUUAGCCAACUACAGGAACCCCCACUUUGCCAUAUCACAUCGAGAGCUGUGACUCAGACUUGUAGCUCAUAGCAAAGAGAAACCUCAUAACUGUUUGUAUGUCAGUCGAAAACGGUCGCAAAAAGAUGGAGACUCAGUUCUACGAAGAUUCACACAACCCGUGGCUGAGCAAGAAGAAAUGCAUGACUCUGGAUCUGGACGUCGGAAUGGGCAAGCGCAAACUUACGGCUGCUCUGCUGUCGACCCCAGACGUUCAGAUGCUCAAACUCGCCUCUCCUGAACUCGAAAAGAUGAUUAUUUCUCAGCAAGGCAAUAUCUGUACUACACCAACGCCUGGUCAGUUUAUCUCCCCGAAAAACGUUACCGAAGAGCAGGCUGCCUUCGCCCAGGGUUUCGUCGAGGCACUGCAGAGUCUUCAUCAACGGAAUGAUUCUGGCGACUCGGAUUCCGUGGUGAGCGACGAUGAAUCGUCGCUUGACCAGCUGGACCUUGGCCCAACAACGACCUACCAGCAGCAGAUCCUCAACACUCAAACUACGAUGUCAAGUAUGACCACGCCUGCGACGUCAAUGUACAACCCUGCAAUGCCUACAACAACUACGCUGCCUGGAUCAACCGUUGGUCUAUCAUCUCGCAAUUCUAUGCCCAUUGACUCUAUGGCAAUCACACGUGGAUGGGCCAAUUCUGACCAUAUCAAGCAGGAACCCUCGUGCGAAGAGCCCCAGACUGUUCCAGUGUACCACGCUUCAAUUACCGCACCCAUGUCCCCCAUCGACAUGGAAAACCAGGAGCGCAUCAAGGCUGAGAGGAAAAGGCUCAGGAAUCGAAUCGCCGCCAGCAAGUGCCGCAAGCGCAAGCUUGAGCGUAUUGCCAGGUUAGAGGAUAAAGUGAAUGACCUGAAAACACAAAACUCUGACUUGUCAACGACGGCCACCAAGCUUCGAGAGCAAGUUUGUGCACUGAAACAGAGUGUGAUGGAACAUGUGAAGAGCGGAUGUCAAGUUAUGCUGGCACAACAACUGGCAUUUUAAACUGGAAUAACUGCACAUUUGACUUUUUGAACAUUGACAUUUAUUGCUGAAAAAACGGUCACUUCGGACUAUUGACUUGAGUCGUGUGUAACAAAGGCCCGUAACACACACAUUAUUGUUGACUCCGUAGACGCAUUCAUAUGUUCUGUUUUGUUUUAAUUUAAACAUGGCCCAGAAAAUGUAUAUACUGUGCUGGUUUGCAGUUCCCAAUAUUCUAGCGCUGAUACAAAAUUACAAUUCGAUCAUGAUAAGAUUGUAUGCAUGUUUGACAGAAAUUUGGGGCAGGAUCCCCAGUAGUAUUCCUAUUUCUGAUUUCCAAUAUCUCAUUUAGUCCAUGAUGUACAGGCAAUGUUUGGCAUUGAUAUAAAUCUGCAUUUUUCAAUCUGUAUGUAGUUAUAAUGCAGAAGAAAUUGAGAAUUGUAAAAUUGUUUAUUCCGCCCAAUAAGACUACCGAUAAAAAGCCCAUCAAAAUAAAAUGACGAUUUGUCUACUAACUUGCCCAGUAAUUUUGAGUCAGUACUUCGGUAUUAAUAUUUAGUGUAUAAACUUUUAAUGCCCAAAUUAUAAUUGUUUUCGUCCAUGCUUAGUCCAUUGAAGUCCAGUUUAUAAGAUGGUCAUGCUAUUCAGAUGAAAGGGUGAAAAGAGAAUGCAUUGUGAAAUAGAAAAUGUUUGAAGGAAAGUUCAAGGAAUUUAUAAAUUUGUAAAUGAAAAUGAAAAUGGUUUACGAUGUGAAUAUUAUUAUGACAAAUGUCUUUCAAUGAAGCAUACUGGUUUUGAGAAUCUUUUCUAAACAAAGGUAUGGUCUUAUGUUACAAAAUUCUUGUUUUUUCAAAUUUUAUUUUAUGCUACAUGUGCAUUGUGUAUGUCAUGUUUGACGAAAAGCAUUGUGUGCAAGGAAAAAAGCCUUUUCUUUUUUUUAGUUUGACUUAUGAAUCAUAACCACUGACCAUCAGAAGCAGCUGCAAAUUUACAGCUCAUCUGUGCUAUGAAUUACAGUGUAUUUUGCAACCAUUUAUUUUUUUUACAGCUCUACUCUGUAGGAAAGCUAGCACAUUUCUGCACCCAGUGUUAAACUCAAAGAGUAAAAGUUUGCGAUCACACCAACUGUGAUUGGUGUUUGCUCUUUUUAAAAUUUGUUUUAUAUUGUGUACAAAUGCCCAUUCUUGCAAUACAACUUCAGACGGAACAAUUUUGCCUGACGAGUCUGUGACAUAGGCAUGCAGAAAGAUUGUAAUUCAUUUAAUUAUAAGCAAUCCGUGUAUGAAGGCGAAAUAACAAACGCUGCACUGAAGUUUAUUAUCAACUUGUACAUGCAUUUCUUUUAACCAAUAUUCACAUGCUAGUGUUUUUCAAUUCUGAAACAUUUUCUAAAUGUCAUGGUUGUCAUUUUUCUCCAAUUAUUGUACAGAAUUUACCAUAAAAAACAACAGGUUAUUUCUAUAACAUUGAAACCGGUAAAUGAACCAAUAAGAUAUACUUGCAAUAAUAUAUUUUAUGUGAAUAUUGGGUUAAUUUGAAAGCUGGAUAUUGUCUUUGGAAUUCUUCAUUUGUAUGAAACCUUCAUCACUGAAGUAGAUCUUUUCUUCCAAUCAUUUUAUAUGUUUUUAUAAAGAUGCAUCAAGUAAUACAUGUACACUAGUGCAUACUUUACCUAUUUGCCAUUUGUCAUUUCUUUUUCAUGAAGUUUGUCAUGCCAUGUAUUGUAAAAAACAAAUUAUUGAAGAAAAAAAAAAACUACAGCUCAAUUUGCUGGAUAAUAAAAACAAUGAAAAU